GUAGGCAAUGCGCGCAUAAUGCGUGAAACGGAACGCAACCUAAACAAACGUGUCUGCGUAGCGGCGGUUAAACUAGAAUAAUAUAAUUUAUAUCAAAACUAUUAUAGGUUAUUGUUUUUUGUGUAUGAAUAUAUUCCAAGAAGAUAAUAACUUCGAGAAUUUCAACAUUUCAUGCGUGUUGCGUAAAAUAUUUUAAAAAUGAGGGAGACUUUGCUUACAAACUGCGAGCGGAAUUUUGUUAAUAAAUGUAUAGAGGAGGAAACGAGGUUAGACGGCCGGAAUUUAUUAGAGGCACGUUCCGUGAAAAUUUACUUUGGAUCCAAUUGGGGAUGUUGCAUGGUAUCUCUCGGGAAUACAAAGGCAAUUGCACAAGUAUCAUGUGAUAUACAACAGCCAAAAACAUCUCGACCUAAUGAAGGCAUGAUACAUAUAAAUGUUGAACUCUCUCAGUUAGCUGCCCAAAAUUUUGAAAGUGGUAGACAGUCUGAGGCAGCUAUAAUGAUCAGCAGACAGCUGGAAAAAUGCUUUAAAGAUUCAAAGUGCGUAGACUUGGAAUCUUUGUGUAUUGUAGCAGAUAAGAAGGUGUGGAACCUAAGAAUUGAUAUUAAUGUUAUAAAUCAUGAUGGGAAUCUAAUUGAUUGUGCCUCCAUAGCGACACUUGCUGCUCUGUUACAUUUUCAUAGGCCAGAUGUUACUUCCACUGGUGAAGAAGUUAUCAUACAUCCAGCUUCUGAGAAGGAUUUUCUACCAUUAACAUUGUUUCAUUAUCCAGUCUGCAUAUCUUUUAUAACUUUUGAAAGUUGUAACACCAUAAUGGAUCCUACGUACAUAGAAGAAAGAGUUGGCGUUGCUCGGCUUACUCUGGGUGUAAAUUCUUACAGAGAACUCUGUAGCUUACAUUUUGAUUACUUAACAAAAACCAUGACGGUCGAAGAUGUAAUAUCUGCUGUUUCGUAUCACGCAGCGACUUAUGCAGCUAAACUAGUGCAGCAGAUAAAGGAAACAGUAACUAAAGAUGUGCAAUCAAGGUAUAAAAAAGAUAACAGCAACAUCUGCAGUUUUAAAGAAAGCAUUCAUGCAGAUAAACUCACCUCAAUGAUUGGCAAUCAUAUUAGUAUCAAACUACGCAAAUGGGACGCAGUAGCUAUAACUAAAGAUGAAAGUAUGGAAACAGAGAAUGAGGGUAGUCGUAUUAUAAAACAUCAUGAAGGAUCGGCUGAAUUGGUACCUAUCUUCAAAAAUUCGCCUGAGAGGGAAAGUAGUGUUAGCAGUAUGGAUGACUCCGAUUGUUCAAACGAUGAGAAAUGUGUCAAGUCGCGAACUCCGACAAAAAGAACACCAACAAACAUAGAUGAAAUUUACGUGGAAGAUAGCAAUUGAGUGAUUGUGCGACUUCCGUAUUUUCUUCCAAAAUAUAUUUCAACAUUUUGGUAAUGAAGAAAAUUGAUAAUAUUAUAACAUUAUGGAACUAAAAAUUUUGUUACAAAAGAUGGAUUUAUUUCUCUUUUUUACGAGUUCAUACAAAUCAGUAAAACUAUAUAAAAUUUAAAAAAUUAACCGAAAUUAACAUCCUUGAACACUUUUUUGAAGUUUUCUUAAUUCUCUGUAGCUCUCAUAAACUGUUGUAACUUCUUAAUAUCAUAUUUUUAUAUAACUCCAUGAGAAGAAAUUCAUUGAUUUAACUUUUAUAACAAAGAUUAAGGAAGUAUUUCAAGCAUGAUAUGCUUUUUAAUUUACAUGUAAAUUUUAGAAUAUUAGAAGUGGAAACGCAAAAAAAUCAUCAAGAAACAACUUAAUUCUUGAUCGUUGUGAAUCUAAUUUUUAUUUCAUCUCUGUAUACAUCAGUAAAUUUAUCUAUCUACA